UUUUUUUUCUUAAUGUGUGCUUGUGCACUAAAAUUGCCAACGCAGCAUCACUAAAUAAUUUGUGUAAGCGGUGUACACGGGGCUGAUGGAGGAAGAGAGGGGUCUCCCCAGGGGUCUCCCCAGGUGUCUCCCCAGGGGUCUCCCCAGGUGUCUUCCCAGGUAUCUCCCCAGGUGUCUCCCCAGGGGUCUUCUCAGGGGUCCGCGCAGAGGCGUCGCUCGCCUCGAGCCCUGGCUGCUUCAGGUGCACUUCUUGGGUUGGACGCAUCGGGAAAAAGGGUCGGGCCUCCGUGCUCCAGCCUCGCCUAUAACAUUUACUUUUAUACACGGGGAAGCCGCUUCUAUCUUCCGGCGAGGCAAUUUAAAUUAAGCUUUAAAAAAAAUCCCAUCGCAUGCAAUGGGCCCAGCCAACAGUACAAAGCAAGUUGCGUGUGCCACAGUGCCGGCCUUCAGAGGUGCUUGCUACUCGCUAACAGCACUGGGCCCCAACAGUCUGUUCAGGCUAUCCGGGGGGAUCUUUAUCUUUGUGGGUGCUUCCCAUCCCUUCCAAUAUUUCUGGGCAGCGUAGAAGAGUAACCAAUAGCAACCCCAUACAGGAGCUCUCACGCUCCUUCGAUGUAUGUACAAUGUUAAACUUCGUUUGCACCGUACGUAGCUAGUCGAGAGUGAGCCCCUUGAGCCAGCAGUGCGGGGCGCAAGUGGCUGCAGGGGCGCUGCGCCUUUACCUUUGUAACGCCUGCGGGACGCAAGCUCAAAUGUGAGCCAAUCAGUGCUCAGAGAUCUCGGCCAAUCAGUCCUCAGAGAUCCCGGCCAAUCGACGCCGAGAGAUCCCGGCCAAUCGGCGCCCGUGUUGACUCGGCAGAACUCGUCACUCGGUAAUGGUGGCCGCGCUCGACGUCUGCGCUGAGAUGUAACAGCAGCUGCUGCUGUUUGCCAGGCCUGCAGUGUGAACCGAAUUUCCAGCAAUGGCGGCGGUGGCGGCGGCCGCAGUGGUGUCCCACAUCAACCCUCGUCAGGACUUCCCAGCGUGGCUGGCCGCUCACGGCGUGAGCCUCAGCGUGGCCGAGGCCGUGGACAGGGAGCUGGGCAUCGGCGACUACGAGGCCUUCCUGGCGUGCGCCGAGCAGCCCCACAUCAGGGCCGAGAUGUUCGCUGCCGCCAGGGAGCGGCUGCCCUUCGCCUUCUACGCCGUGCUGCGCCGCGUCACCGAGGCCUCGUCCCCCAAGCGCCACGACGGGGCCGGCGGCGGCCUUCAGGCCGCUGGCAACACGGCGGCGUUCCAGCCGUUCCUGAGCGGCCUGCUGGACGCCAUCGUCCUCAUGCUCAACAGCCUGAGCCAGGAGCUGCUGCACUCGGCCGAGAGGUUCAGCUGCCUGGAGCCCGCGCUCUACCCGGUGGUGUCGCUGGACGAUGGUGAGGGAGAGCACGUCCCGUACCCAGGCACAGUUGUCGACGCGGCCGACGAUUACGAAGCGGUGGUGGUGGACUCCUGCGUGACGGAGGAAGCUCAGGACGUGGCUGACGAGGAGGAAGAGCCACUGGUGGAACCAGGCGAUGGCUCCGCCAUGGACAUCGUCCCGCAUCCCGGCGGGGACGACAGCUCGGGCUGCAUGGCGUGGAAGGGCGCUGCCAUCAAGUUGGAGCACAACUCCGAAGCUUCGACGAAAGUGCCACUGGCGGGAGAGGAUGAGCCCCUGCAGGAACCGCCGCCAAUCGCAGUUUACGCUGCCAGUUGUGUGAGCACGAAAGAGCUGCUGGCGGAAGUGAAGCUGGAGAAGGACGAGUUCCUGAGAGACGACAGGGUCGGGUGCCUGGACCAGCGACAAAACGUUUUCGAUGACGGGGAGCGAGGAGAUGGAGCAGAGCCCGACGACUGGAACCUGAGUGUGGAGGCCGGGGUGGUCGUGCACAGCGUCGAAAUCGGUUCGUCGGACAGCAGGAAUUUCAUCGGCAUGAGCGCCGAUUCGGAGAUGCCGCACCAGACCGGGGAGCCACGCGAGCAGCCAUUCCACCGAGCCAGCCCGGCGCCGACCGGCCUGGGGAGGGACAGCUGGGUUCGGCGGGGCAGCGUGACGCUUGGAGAAGGGGGGGCGGCGGCGGGACAAGGAGGCAGAGUUGGGGGGGCAGGGACCAGGUCGGCUGGGAGUCUGUACGCGCUGGGAGCCAGGGGCCACUGCCACGUGGGGGCCGCGGGAGUGGCGCCCGAUCGCUUGGGCGAGCAGCUGCAGGUGUCCCCGGACGCCAGGGGGUUCCAGCCACGUGCGGGCGGAGCAGCCGGGGACCAACGCACAGGACACAGGAGGGAAGAUUGUAAAAGGGAUAAGUGUGCCUUCCCAGGAGUCAAUCAGGACAAUGUAACUCUGAUAAACUAUUUCAGAAAUGGGAGGGGCCUCGUAGAUCACGGGGCGACGCCCCUGGCCUUUGCCGGCACGGCGGGGGUGAGCGCGGCGAGCGCCGCCCGGCAGUGCCGCGUGGACGGCUUGCACCCAGAGCCCGUCGGCGCGCGGGCCCACUGCGUCGCCCGCCUGCACCCGAGCUCGGCGCAGCUGCAGCUGCCGUGCCGCAUCGCCGUGGAGAAGCCCUACCAGUGCCGCGUGUGCGGCCAGAAGUUCCGGCACCUGCAGUACUUCCGCAAGCACGAGCGCACGCACGCCGGCGAGGUGCUGUUCACGUGCGAGGAGUGCGGCAAGGUGUUCCUGCAGUCGGUCGAUCUCAUCCGCCACCGGCGCAUUCACACGGGCGAGAAGCCCUUCGUGUGCGUCGAGUGCGGCAUGACCUUCCGCCUCAAGCACCACCUGCUGGGUCACCAGCAGAGGCACGUCCGCGAGAAGGAGCGGGAGUUGGACGUGGUCAUGCUGCUGCCCCCGCCCGAUGCCGCGGCCGCCACCGAAUGAAACCCCCCCGCCCUCCACCCCCGUGCAUGCUGGGUUACGCGAUUUGGAAACACGUAUUCUGGAAACUUGGGUGUCGAGGUGGCCGUUUCUGAGCGUGCGUAGGUUUGUCUGUCGCUGGAUUUCGUUUAACGGUCAGACGGAUUCCCUUUGUUCAUUUGUUGGUUUCGUCACAAGGUUGUAAUGGAGCUGCUCGUAGGUCAAAUAAAUGGAAUAGGGGCGAGGGGUUCCGCGUGGAUAAUUUGCCCACGGGAGUUUCCAAUUUUGCGUCUUCGUGAGAGUCAUGGGAUUAAUUUGUAGGUGUCACGACCCAUGGUUGCGUGUUGGGGAGUUAUGUGAAGGGAGCAGUCCCACACACGGAACAAUGCGGGCUUGGGGCCCGAGGACUCAUGUAAACAUUUUGCAAAAGUCCUAAGGCUGCGAUUGUCGUAAGAUCAGAAAUGACGUUGGCAAUCUUUAGGUCACAAAAGACCUGCCGAGAUGGCAACGCUCUCGGGUUACGUGAGCGCGAUGUUCCGUCUGCCCCACUGCUCCAGCCAAAAAUCUCACGCAACAUGGCCGCUGUGACGUCACAAACACGUGCGCUUCAAGUGGUCUGCCGCCAAGAUGAGUUACCACGAGAGAAUCAUGAGUAAUGUUGACAUUGUCAUUAACUAUGUAACAUUACCGAAAGAACCUAGAAUAUGAAUCCCUGCAGUCACGAAAGCUUUAAAUCAAAAUUUAUGUAACAGUUAUAGGUUGACUUUUGACUGAGCAUAAUCUUCGGCUUCAUAAAGUAUACGCUGACAAUCGACUUAAUAGUGAGUGGUCCUUAAGAGUGCUUCCAAGUAUCCAGUCCCGAAUGAAAUCAAGAGUUACGCAACAUCUGAGCUUAUUUCAAUAAUUGGUGAAGUUGUUGGGUCCUCGUGCCCCUGGUUAUAACAGCUGUUGUGAAGAAUCCGGUGGAAGGACGACGUGCCGACUGCUGUACAUGGCGCAGACUUUUGAUCUUUUGACAUUGGUGUGGCGUUGGGCAAAAAUGCAGUGCAUCACUGGACAUUGCUCGAUACUGUAAACCCUGUGCCGCGUGAUUGCCAUUGAUGCUGGGGUUUGAAGUUGCUCUUAUGUGCUGUGAGGUUUUGGGUCAUUUUUUAUCUGUACUGUAAUUUGCUUAUAAACGCUGACGACGAAACCGUGCGUGUUGCAAUAAAUGCUGCAUAAUUUGGUUUGGUACAAGUAAACUGAAAUCUGAUUUAA